AUGACUAACGGCGCGCUUUUCCUCGGUCUCGACUCGUCGACACAGGCGCUCAAGGCGUCCCUCCUCCGUUCCGACCUCAGCGUCGUCUCGGAGAUUGAGGUGCGCUUCGAUGCCGACCUGGCCCACUUCAGCACCAAGGGCGGCGUCCUGCACGGUCCCGAGGGAUCGGGCGAGGUCUUCUCUCCAGUCAUGCAGCCUGUCGAGGCUCUUGACCUGCUCUGCGAGCGUAUGAAGGCUGCUGGCUGGGACUUUGGCAGCAUUCGCGGUGUCUCAGCUGCAGGUCAGCAGCACGCCAGCGUGUACUGGUCCCAGUCGGCGAGCAAGAUUCUUGGCUCUCUCGACGCAACCAAGCCCAUGGCACCACAGCUCGAGGGUGCGUUCUCCCGCGGUAUCAUUCCCAACUGGCAGGACUCGUCGACCAAGCCCGAGUGCCGUGCCAUGACUGCGGCCGUGGGAGGCAAGACGGAGCUCGCCCAGCUCACGGGCUCGUCGGCACACACUCGCUUCACCGGUGCCCAGAUUUUCAAGUUUCGCAACGACGACCCCAAGGCAUACGCUGCCACGUCGCGCAUAUCCCUCGUGUCGAGCUUCAUCACAACUCUUAUGUGCGCCGACGGCGAGGUCAAGGGUAUCGAUGAGAGCGACGCCUGCGGCAUGAACCUCUGGAACAUGAGCAGCCCUACCCGUGGAUGGGCCCAGCCCAUUCUGGAGGCCAUUGCGGGCAAGGACGGUGCCGAGGACCUGGCCGCCAAGCUCGGUACGGUCGAGACGGACGGUGGCCGUGUAGUCGGUAACAUUGGUCGUUGGUUCCAGGAGCGCUACGGCUUCUCGCCCGAGUGUGUCGUUGUCCCCGGCACUGGCGACAACCCGGCUACAUUCCUCAGCUUGGUCCUCCGUGAGUCGGAGGGUCUGGUGUCGCUCGGUACUUCGGACGUUGUUCUCGUCUCCACCGCCGCGUACAACCCCCACCCCGAAUUCCAUGCCUUCUUCCACCCGGCCAUGAUCGCUCCUCCAAGUGUCCAGGACACGUCGGCACGUGAGGGCCACGGCCAGCUCCGCUACUUUAACAUGCUCGUGUACAAGAGUGGCUCUCUGGCGCGCGAGCACGUUCGCGACCAGUACUUUGACAAGUCGUGGGACAAGUUCAACGAGGGUGUCGAGCGUCUCCGGCCAAAGACCGCCGACGACGUGAUCAACCGUACAGCAUUCUGGUGGCUCCUUCCGGACAUUAUCCCUGCUGGUGCCCACGGUGUCUUCAAGUACGAGGGCUCCGACGCUGCUACUGCCAAGCGCGUCGAGGCGUUCGAGGACGUCGGCGCCGAGAGCCUUGCGAUCCUCGAGUCCCAGAUGCUCAACUACCGUUCUCGCUCUGGUGCUAUUCUGUCAGGCGAGGCAGGUUCCGUGACCCUGUCGCGCGUGUACGCGACUGGCGGUGCGGGCAAGAACCCGUCCAUCUGCAACAUCAUGUCGGACGCUCUCGGCUGCCCAGUCUCCAAGUCUGUGGACUGGGACGCCGCCAAGGGCCGCUGGACCGACGCGCACUGGAACGACUGUUCCGUCGGUGUGGCGUACAAGGCGCGUUGGGGAUGGGAGCGCCACGUCGCCGCGCAGAAGGGCGACAACGCGCGUGCCAGCGUCCCGUUCGACGAUUACAUUGCCGAGAUUCGCAAGGCUCGCAAGGCGGCCCUCGGCCCGGCUGCUGCGUCGGCUCCUGGCGCCCCAGACGAGGAAGGUGUGCGCAACAUUGUUGUUCCUGGACCCGGCGCGCCUGCAUACACCAAGGCGAUCUCCUGGUGGCAGGCGUUGGAGGCUCGUGCGCUGAGCGAGAUGGAGUAA